AUGAGGCUCACAUCCACGGCAAGGCUGGCGAUUGUUGCUAGCCAACUGCUCGUUUCCCCAGCUGUAGCACAGGUCGAGAGUUUACUCUCGUCUGUAGUAGGGGACGUGGCUUCAGCAACUGUAUCAGCACCUCCAUCAUCAGCUACAUCAUCAGCACCAUCACAAUCAACGCCGUCAAGAGAACCAACAGUUCACCUGAUCAAAGCCGGUGCGGGGGGCUUCAAGUUCACGCCGCAAGAAAUUUCCAAUGUAUCAGUCGGAGAUAUCGUGAGCUGGGAAUUCUAUCCGCCUGAUCACUCGGUUGCAAGAGCAGAGUUUGGUUCAGCAUGUGUACCCUACGAGGAGACGGGCAAGGACAAAGUAGGCUUCUGGUCUGGAACGCAAUGGGUCAACGACACAAGCCAGAUUACAUACUUCAACAUCACCAUCAACUCAACAGAACCGAUAUUCUAUUACUGUGCGGCACCGAACAGCUGCAUUGGUGAGCAUAUGGUCGGUGUCAUUAAUCCCAACUCAACACAGACAUUGGCGUCACAGGUACAGGCUGCGGCGGCGGCAGACUUCCAGAUAGCGCCUGGUGAGCCAAUUCCCGCCGAGGCCACAUCGUCGGCAACACCUCCGCCAGCUAGCAAUGGAAACAACGGCAGCCAUAAACUCUCGACUGGAGCCAUUGCCGGCAUAGCGGUAGGUGGUGUUGCUUUCCUGGCCUUGUGCGCAGCCCUAUUCUUCUUCAUUGGUCGUUCCAACUCGCAGAAGAACAUCAUCAAACAGCAUGAGGCGACGAACAGUGUGGAUCCACACAUGAGCCAAUACGGCAGUGCUGGGGCUCGGUAUGGCGAUGGAGGACUUGCGUCGCCCGGCUUCGCACCGGCCCGACCUGGAUAUGCGACGCCGCCGCCAGGUCAUCUCGGCGAUCAUGGAUAUGGCUCGCCGCCGCAAUAUGGCCAACACGGUGUGGGAGAAGCGCACCCGGGUGGAUGGACUAGCCCGGUACCGCACCAAGGACACUUGAGCAUGAUGAGCAGUACGAGCGGCAUGAGCCAGGCGCAACUCGACCAAUUGAAGUAUGCACACACGAGCACACAAGCGGCGCCAGCAGAGCUACAUAGUCCGCCAAUCGGGCAGCAGGGCUUUUCAGCCGAACUCGAGGCACCGGUGGAAGUCAAGAGGACAUGA